AUGAUUGCAGAAGUUGCAAUCAAAUUUGUUUUAUUGGUUGUUAUUGGCUCAACCAACGCUUGCGAUCACUACGAUCAAAAAUGUCUUAAAGUAGGAUCACCUUGUCCAAGUUCAUCAUACACUUUUGAAAUAUUUAAUAAUUUUGUCAAUAUUAUUUUAUCUGUAGUUGACCCAUUUACAACAUGUGAAGAUGGUUCCUUCUGUUAUUAUGGAAAGUAUCCAACAGCUACUUCAUCAGGAAACUGCACUGCUUUUGCUGUGAUCGGUGAGUACUGUGAAGGAUCACAAGAUCACUUUACUGAUAGCAAUGCUUAUUGUGCACCGGGAUUGAGUUGUUACUUUGGUAGCGACAAUCCAAAUACCUGCCAGUUUCUUGAUUACGCCACCACCGGAGAGGCGUGUGACUCCACCUCCUCGUGCAUCAACAACAACGAUUGCGUCAAUGGAACGUGUCAACUCACAGCCAAUGCACAGUGUAUCGAUGUUUGGACCGGUUGUCCUUUCGGAUACUCAUGUAACACCACCAGUAAUGCUUGUAUCCCAACCCUCACCAGCGGUGCCGCCUGUAAUGUCCCAGGUUCCACAGAUGCCAGAUGCGCCGUUGGUUUAGUCUGUUCGCCAGUGACCACCGAGCGUCUCAACUACACUUGUGUUCCAGUCAACAGCAAAGGUCCAGGUGCUGCCUGUGCCUCUGAAGUCGCAAGUUUCAAUCUCGACGGAUCCUUCCCAACAUGUCAAGGUGGAUCUACAGAGUUCUGUAGCUGUCCAGUCGAUUCCUGGACUGGAACAUGCACUCAAUUCAACAGUCUCGGUUCCGAUUGCUCCAAGGCUUUCAGUGGUCUCGCCCAGUGUGCCGUCGAGAACAAGUGUCAAAUCUAUUCUAACGGUAUGAAAAACUACAAAUCGUGUAUCUUUCAACACUGUUCCAAAUAUAUGUGUGGUGGUGAUGCAUGUGUACCAACUUCCAACUACGAAGGUUUUUGUAGUAGAACUCAAUAUGCUGGAUGUUAUUCCUACAGUUCCUCAUCAUUUGUUCGUCCAACAACUAUUUUCAUUGCUUUAAUCGCUCUUCUCCUUUCACUCAUUUAA